UAAGUUCAGUGCAGUCGGCUCCGAGCAGAGUCUGAAGGUGAAGUCCGGUCAUGGCGGCGCUCGGUGCUCACGGAUCCCGGCUCCUCCUCCUGCCUCUGCUGCGGGCCCGAGCCCUGCACACCUCACCGGGAAACCCCGCGGCCAGAGUGGCGGUGGUUCUGUCUGGGUGCGGUGUCUAUGACGGAACGGAAAUCCACGAGGCGUCGGCGAUCCUGGUUCACCUGAGCCGUGCAGGAGCAGAAGUGAAGAUGUUUGCCCCGGACAUCCCUCAGAUGCAUGUGAUUGACCACAGCAAAGGGGAAGCCUCCCAGGAGAGCAGGAACGUUUUGGUGGAGUCGGCCCGGAUUGCUCGCGGUGACAUCACAGCGCUGUCGCAGCUGAACUCUCAGGAUCACGACGCGGUCGUUUUUCCAGGAGGAUUCGGGGCAGCCAAGAACCUCUCAUCCUUUGCAGUCGACGGUGAAUCCUGUCAAGUCCAGGGCGAUGUGCAGAGGGUAUUACAAGAGUUUAGAAAAGCAAAGAAGCCGAUCGGGUUGUGCUGCAUCGCUCCCGUUCUGGCCGCCAAGGUGAUUCCGGGGGUGGAAGUGACGGUGGGGCAGGAGGAAGAACAAGGAGGUAAAUGGCCAUAUGCUGGGACAGUGAAAGCCAUCCAGGCCCUGGGGGGAAAACACUGCCCCAAGGAGGUGCACGAGUUCCAUGUGGACACUACCAGCAAUGUUGUCACCACCCCGGCCUUCAUGGGCCACGCCCCCCUUCAUACAAUAUUUGAUGGAAUUGGAGCUAUGGUCUCCGCUGUCAUAAGACUGACUGGGAAGUAAAGGCCCUGGGACUCCGUGAACUGUCUGGCCAGACCCCACAUCUCCUGGGACUCCAUGAACCAUUCAUCCAGACCCCUCAUCUCCUGGGACUCCGUGAACCGUCCGUCCAGACCCCUCAUCUCCUGGGACUCCGUGAACCGUCCGUCCAGACCCCACAUCUCCUGGGACUCGUGACCCGACUUCUUGCCCAAACACGCACUGCAUUAAAGUCUACUCCACAA